CAACAAAUUGUUAACCAGGUUUCCAGUAUAAAACCGUUACAGAUCGGCGAACUUUCGCCAUACGCGCACCUGAUUUACUUGUUUCAUCCCGAUGGACCGUCAAGCGGGGAUUGCUCUGUUGCUGCUCUUAUCACUGACGCAAUGUUUAACGGAAGACUUUCCUCGCACUAAAGUGGUGUACACCAACAGCGGACCUGUGAGAGGUAUCAUUAAGAAAACAGUAUGGAACUCGGUUGAAUAUUCAGCGUUCCUGGGGAUCCCCUACGCGCUGCCACCUGUUAAGGAUCUGAGAUUCAAGCCUCCAGUUCCAGCGCAACCAUGGGACGAGGUGUUCGAUGCCGUCCAAGAGGGCAGCGUCUGUCCACAGAUAGAUUUCUUUCAUCCCACUUACAUGGGCGUCGAGGAUUGCUUGUACCUGAACGUGUACACCACCGGGUACGGAAGUAGAACGAAGCUGAAACCAGUGAUGGUGUGGAUCUAUGGCGGAGCGUACUCGUCUGGAUAUGGUAACUCGUCCUUGUACGGUCCAGAUUUCUUCCUGGAAGAAGGCGUUGUCUUCGUCAGCUUCAAUUAUCGCGUGGGAGUUCUUGGAUUCCUUUCGCUGGAUCAUCCCGAUGCAUUGGGCAACGCUGGCUUGAAGGACCAAAAUCUGGUUCUGCAGUGGGUGCGGGACAACAUCGCUGCGUUCGGUGGUAAUCCCUACCAAGUGACCAUUUUUGGCGAAAGUGCGGGCGGUGGUUCUGUAGGAUUUCACAUCUUGUCGGAGAAAUCGAAAGGACUCUUCCAUCGAUCGAUCAGCAUGAGCGGAACUCCAUUGUGCCAAUGGGCGUAUCACACGCCUGACAAAGCUCGUGAAAACGCUUACUAUCUCGCUACUCUUCUUGGUCACCCGGCAUUCACGAAGCAGGGUCUGUUGGACUAUCUUCGUACAGUUCCUGCAGAAGAUCUCGUCAAAGUCACGGAGAAAGUUGACGCGAACGUACUGCCGUUUCGCCCAACAGUAGAAGAUCCCGACGCCGCGACCGAUGGCAGUGCAUUUUUGACCGAAUGCCCCAUAUCUAAAUACAAUUCCGGUGAUUUCACUAGGCACCCAAUGAUGUUAGGCCACACUCGCGACGAAGCACUGUUUUUCCUGAACGAUUUCGCUGGUGACCCAUCGAAACGAGUACAGUCGCUUUCAAAGUGGAUCCGCCAAGUGACGUACAUCAGAGGAUUCGCAGACUCGUCGAUCGCCCAUCUACUGUCAUUGAAUUUGGAGACCGUUUCACCUUCGCAGACCAAACGAAUAUUGGCCGUCUUAACCGACACGUUUUUCACAGCGCCCAUUGAUCUGACACAGAAAUUAUUGUCGAAGUGGAACGAUGAGUAUCCUAUUUAUUAUUACCGGUUGUCGUACGAGUCGAAGUACAGCGUUCAUUCGUUGGUGGGUGAAACGGUGGCAGGAACCAGUCACGUGGAUGACAUUGGGAACAUAUUCAACGUGGCGGAGCUGAACGCACCGACAAAUCCGAAUCAUCCAUUCAACGUGUUCAGGCAGAAGAUGGUCAAACUGUGGGCGAACUUCGCUAAAUAUGGAAAUCCAACGCCGCGAGCUUCAAGGAAGGAAGUCGCGUUCGACGUGAAUUGGUUGGACAGCAGGGAAAGCGGCAUGGAGUUGGAAAUCAAUGAGGAGUCCAUCCUGAAGACGCGUUUGGUCAGCAGCGUGACUAACGCUUACGAGCAAUUUCUAAUGGCCAUGCUUCCAUUCGAGUCCGGCUGCAAAUAUUCGUUCCAUUUCCCUGGACUCCCAAGUAUCCCUGGGUUCCUGCACUUCGGGAAGAAAUAAUAUGUUGCGUACAAGUAAUUUGUUAAUCGAUUCGCGAUAUUUUUAUAGUACAAUAUGUAUGUAUGUCGAUGAAACCCCGUCGCUUACCUAAAUUAACUAGGUUUACGGAACGCGUCGAUUUGACAUAGAUUGAAUUUUAUAAACAUUAUUUGGUAAACGAA